AUGGUGCUGCAGAAGAGGCUAGGUUAUGAAUUCAAUGGCUACCAGGUUCCUAAUGUGCCCCGUGGCUCAAGGUCAACACGGGUACGUUUGCCACUGCCCGAACUUAUUCUUGCCAUUGUUUUAUUAUUCUUGCAGUGAUAAAUAUGUUUAAGUUUUCUCCCUUCUUAUUCUCAGGGAAAGCGUUGUGUUCGAAAGAGAGUUGUGGAAAAUGACAUGUGUGCAUUUGAGUUGCUAGCCUCUGUGGCUGGUGAAUUACUGCUAGGAAAGGAAAGUUCCCCGGCUCAAAGUGACACAAUAACGGGAGGUUCUAAUCCUAUGUUUUCAAAGGACAAAGUCAAGGAGGAGCAAGACGAUGGAUUGAAUUCUUAUGAAGACGAGCUUCGCGGCCAGAAGAGCUGUGAUCAUGUUUCCCGGGCCUCUAAGAUUGGUUUCCAGGGUCAGGAACAUGGCUGUAUAUUCACUGAAUGCUUGCAUCCUAGUUCAAUAGUCAUAAUUUCUGAUCCAUCUGAAAAGGUGACUUUUGCCGAAGAAUCUGUGUUCAGCAGAAAUAAGAGCGAAUUUGCAAGGAGUCCAAGACCUGAUCAAGGGAAAUUCAGUGUCAAGGUUCAUUCUCCUCUUUCUCCAGGAUCCUAUCGUGGGAAAGUGGAGGAUAGGAUUCCGACUCCACCUCAAUUCGAGCGCCAAAAGAAUGCAGAUGGAAUAGUUCCUUCCCCAUGCUUUUCAGAAGACUUGAUGGAAGUAGAUAUUAAACCUCCUCCCCUGGUGAGCUCAAGCAGUUCUAUUGAGACAUCUCCCAAGUCUGGCAGUCACAUGGAAUAUGCAGCAGGUAUAGCUGACUAUGAAAAGUCUUCUAGCUGCAAUCAGACGUGCAACAUGACAUCUAAGCCCUUUAGGCCACAGCGAAUUGUUGACAGAAGGAUAAGGAAGUUGUUGGCAUCCAAAUUCUGGAAAGUAGGCCCGACAUUGCUCAAAGAUGGGGAUUUUUCUGACAAAGGUGGGUAUCAUGCUUCUCUGAUUUAUUUUUUUUGUUGAUAUUCUUGUUAAAUGCCGUUGAUGUUCAUUCUCUUUCUGUCCUGUUGUGUCUACUGCUUAGGAUAAACCAAAAAUGGAAAAAAAUUGGUUUGUAUGAGCCAUCUUCUUGACAAAUCUCUAUGAUGUGACAGAUGAGGAUGUGAAACCGCUCUUUUACAGCAGGAAAAUGUGUUACAAGCGCCAAAGGACUCAGAAAUUUUCUUUCAAGCGUAAGAAACUUUUCCAGAGGGGCUCCAUAUCUUCGUGUGAUCUGCCAUAUAAUGGUGAAGGUUUGUCUUGUUCCCCCGAAAUCCACAUCAAGGGAGAAGCAAGCUCUUCUGAAACGGGGGUCCAUGGAGGUAUUUAUAAUAUGUUGUCCAGCACUUUUCUCUCUUUUUCUCCUCCUCAUCCUUUCCAACCCCAAGCUUCAUUUUGCUCUCCCCAGGAAAUGGGACAUCUUCGUCGCCCGGUGCUCAGAAAUUCGCAUUUGACUCAGAUGACUACCACGGUAUGAUCGCAUUCGACGUUGUCUCAAUUGGCCUUUAUAUUAAAUUACUUGGGAAUUUUUGUUUUCGAGCAUCCUAAGAUCCUGAGGAUCACUUUUUCUAUUGCACAGUGAAACUGAGUAUCAAGUCUUUCAAGGUGCCAGAGUUAUUUAUUGAGAUACCCGAAACUGCUACAAUCGGUUCUCUUAAGGUGUGUGAUCUGUGACAUCAAUCAUCUUCCAGUCAUACCUGAAAUGGACCUCGGUCUGGAUUGUAAGAACUAUAAUUAUACAUUGAAGAGCGUCGAAUGCAGUGAGGCAACACUGGAUUACAUUCAGUUGUCUGAGGAAUCAAUUAUAUGAUAAAAUUCUCAUCCUAUCUCGAAAGUACUCUAUUUGUAUGUGGAUAUUAGCAAUCUUUUCCCACGCGAGACUUAUCUCAAUUUAUGUCAGCCUAGAAAUAAAAAUAAAACAUUCUUCAUCUGUGCUUGCUAUUUUUUCUUUUUAUCGGGGAAAAUCGUUUAUUAAAUAAAUAUUCUUCAUCUGUGCUUGUUAUUUUUGCCUGAGUGAUAGUAUACACCCCUUCCCUGCUAAAUUCAGGAUAAUCCUUCAGUUCAUGUCCUAAUGAUCGCCCUUAUGUGCUUGGCUUUCCACAGAGGACGGUAAUGGAGGCAGUGACUGCCAUACUUGGAGGUGGUCUACGGAUCGGCGUCCAUCUCCAAGGGAAGAAGGUCAGAGACGACAGCAAAACGCUACUCCAAGCUGGAAUAUCCCACAGCGACGAGCUGGAGAGCCUGCGAUUUACUCUGGAGCCCAAUUCCCUGCAGUCCCCAAAACCGCUGAUUUCCAACAACGAAGACGCUCCACUCCUGCCCAUCUGUGACUCCCCCGAACCUCUUAAAAGGUAUAAUAAAUAGCAUCAAAUCGUCUCCUUUCUUUAUCGGAUCUCAUUAUCUGCGGAUCGUCUCUUUUUUUUCUGCAAUGGGUCUUUCGAAUUCCUUCGUAUAUAUCCUAAGCUCGAUGGUGGUGCACCAGGCUCCCACCGAUUGCCGUCACCGGCGGCGACUCUUCCCCAAAGCGCCACCGCCCGCCGCUCGCCGCCGGGGAUCCCAGCCGGGUCAACUCUCCUCGCAGGGGGCCCACCACUCCGCCGGCGGAGAGGCAGAGCCCCCCGGAUUCUAAAGCUCUUGUCCCCGUCCCCGCUGCCGAUGCGGAGGCGCUGGCCGUCUUCCCGCUUCACGGCAAAUCGAGGCGGUCGGAGACGGGUCAGCGCCGCGUCAGGCGACCCUUCUCCGUCUCCGAGGUGGAGGCCCUCGUCCACGCCGUUGAGAAGCUCGGAACCGGAAGGUGGCUAUUUUUCUUUAUCACCUUACCUGCCUGCCUGCUCUCUUCGAUGGGAGAUUAAAAAUGUGCGUUUUUAUCGAUGGCGCUUCCCGCAGGUGGCGCGACGUCAAGAUCUGCGCAUUUGACAGCGCGAAGCAUCGUACCUACGUCGACCUCAAAGUAAGUACAAAUGCGAGGACCGAUAAUCCACGUGUUGAUUUUUUUCUUCUGUACUUAAUCGAACACCUUGGCCCCCCCCCCCCACCGAUCCACGGGAAAAAAACCGUCUUGGGGUGGGUUGCCUCUGCACGUGGGUUUCUUCAAAGUCCACCAGCGUGUGAGGGCCUCUCUCUCUCUCUCUCUCUCUCUCUCUCUAUCUAUCUAUCUCUCUAUCCGCCUGUGUGGAGGUGUUAAAAGCCUGAUGUGAUGGACUGGGAUGAGCAGGACAAGUGGAAGACGCUGGUGCAUACGGCGAGGAUCUCGCCUCAGCGUCGGAGGGGCGAGCCGGUCCCUCAGGAGCUUCUGGACAGGGUGCUCUCGGCCCACGCCUAUUGGUCCCAGCAGCAGGCCAAGGCCGAGCCCUGUCCCCGCCUCACCUGA